UCUCAGGUUUCUUCAUUCAUCAACAGUCGCAACAAACAACAAACUCUCAUCACCGGCCUUUCUCUUCUUCCAUUUUAAUUUCCCACUCUCAUUUCUCCUCCGUGAUCGUUUCGAUUUUCUUAUCCGACUGCAUACCAUACUCGCGCCCAAUGCGCGUAGCCGAACAACCGCUAUAGCAAUCACCAUGGAAAACGUCGUCAUCAAAGAGAACGGAGUGUGCUCGUCGGAGUCGGUCAAUGGUAGCCGCUUUGUCUGGAGUGCUAAGGAGUCCGAUUCUUCCUCUGCCGACCAUCUCGUCGUCAUGGUUCACGGAAUAAUGGGAAGUCAGUCAGAUUGGAAGUUUGGAGCAGAGCAGUUUGUUAAAAUGCUCCCCGACAAAGUUCUUGUUCAUUGUAGUGAACGGAAUGCCUCUAUACUGACCCUGGAUGGUGUGGAUGUAAUGGGAGAGCGCUUGGCAAUAGAGGUUGGCGAACUGGUUCAAAGAAAGCCAAAUUUACGUAAGAUCUCAUUCGUGGCACAUUCUGUGGGAGGAUUAGUGGCAAGAUAUGCAAUUGGGAGACUAUAUAGACCCCCUAAGGGUGAAAAUACAGACAAUUCACAUCCUAAUGGCUGUGAAGAGGAUUCAAAGAGUACGAUAUGUGGCUUAGAGCCUAUCAAUUUCAUCACUGUUGCUACACCACAUCUUGGUUCUAGGGGUAAUAAGCAGGUACCAUUCCUUUUUGGUGUACCUGCCUUCGAAAAACUUGCUAGUGCAGUUAUCCAUUUGAUAUUUAGGAGAACAGGUCGCCAUUUGUUUCUUAAUGACGAUGAUGAUGGAAAGCCUCCGCUGCUUAAACGAAUGAUAGAAGACUGUGAUGGAUGUUAUUUCAUGUCGGCAUUGCGUAGUUUCAGACGUAGGGUGGCAUAUUCAAAUGUGGGAUAUGACCAUAUUGUCGGCUGGAGAACAUCAAGCAUUAGACGUAAUAGUGAACUGCCAAAGUGGGAGGAUACUGUUGAUGAAAAAUAUCCACAUAUUGUAUAUGAAGAACACUGCAAGGCCUAUGAUGCUGAGCAGUGUGAGCCUACUUCAGCGGAUGGCAGUGACUGUGACCAGCUUGAAGGGGAACUAGUGACAGGCCUUUCUCGUGUGUCCUGGGAAAAAGUAGAUGUUAGUUUCCACUGCAGCAAACAGAGAUUUGCUGCUCAUAGUGUCAUUCAGGUAAAAGAUCAGACUGCACAUAAAGAAGGCGAAGAUGUUAUCCGUCAUAUGAUUGAUCAUUUCCUCCACUAGAAUCUACUAGCAACUCGAAGAAACGUGGCGCUCUGUGGUUCAACGCUACACAAGCUUUACACCACCGAGAAAUCCAUGAUCUCCGUACCACCUAACUAUAUCCAUCAUCUCAGUACAGGCCGUGCCUGUGCGUUUAUUCUCUCCACAGCGAGCCUCAAGGAAGCAGCAGGCAGCCAUCCUAAAUUCAAUUUAUUCGUUACUGUUUGUAAUGUAUCUUGAACACAAAAUUAUCAAAAUUAUUAGUUGCCAUUUCCAUC